CACAGCUGCAGCUUUGCCAACUUCCGAAGAAAACCCACGAGAAAAAGACCAUGCGGUGUCUUCACCCUUCAAGAGUCUGGAGAGACGCGCAUCUGAAUCAAUGAAUCAAUGAAUGAAUGAAUCUGUGUUUGGAAGCGCUUGGUGGAUAUUUUGCGUUUUGAACUGGGGAGAUAAAGUGAGAGAAUAACCCAGAAACAUCGUGAUACAGAAACGCCAUGUUUGCUCACAUGCACACUCACGUUUAGUGUAGUUAAACAGUUUAGUGUGGACACGCUGUAGCGAGAGCGGUCAUGGACGCACGCUUUUCUUUUGGACACAGUUCUGUGAAGUGCUGCGGUAUGUCACCUAGAUCUUUUCUGUAUUUGGAGUAAAUGAAGGUAAAGCUGCCAACCGUACACAAUGAGCCCAAGAGAAGACGCCCCUGCAGACCGUGGCUUCCUCGUGGGGAUCAUAUUCUUCAUCCUCGGCCUGGGAACACUGUUGCCAUGGAACUUCUUCAUGACGGCGUCUAUGUAUUUCAACAACAGACUCAACACGUCUGAGUGGAGUAAUGGCACAGUAACCACCAGGAAGGAGUAUUAUUUCAAUAACUGGAUGACUCUGCUAUCCCAGCUGCCUUUGCUGCUCUUCACUCUGCUCAACUCUUUUCUCUAUCAGUGGAUCUCAGAGAAGAUGAGGAUAGCAGGCAGUCUGGUCUUCAUCCUGCUCCUCUUCAUCCUCACUGCUGUGCUGGUGAAGAUCCCGAUGGAGGAGGACCGCUUCUUCUCCGUCACCAUGGCAACCAUCUGGUUUAUCAAUUCGUUCGGGGCCGUGUUACAGGGAAGUCUGUUUGGUUUGGUGGGUUUGUUGCCGCAGAGGUACAGCGCCGUCUUUAUGAGCGGACAGGGACUCGCUGGGACAUUCGCUGCUCUUGCAAUGAUCUUCGCCAUCGCAAGUGAAGCUGACAGUGAGUCUGCAGCUCUGGGUUAUUUCAUCACUCCGUGUGUCGGGACCCUCGUCACACUCUUCAGUUACAUGCUGCUGCCAAAACUGGAGUUUGCUAGAUUUUACCUGGACAGCAAGCGCAAGAGUUACGAGCUUGAGACGUCUAGCCGGCUGCUGCCUACAGAUGCUGUUGAAGACCGUGUGAAGAGCAGCGAUCCGUCUAAUGGCUCAGUGGUGAACGGGGAUCCUAAUAAAGCUGAUAGCGGUGAAGAGGAGGGUGUGAAGCAGGCCUUCCUCGCGCUGCCGUCAGAAAACACCUCGUCCCCUCAGAAGAGCUCCAUCCUGCAGGUCUUUAAAAAGAUUUGGGUUAUGGCGUUCUGUGUGACGUUUGUGUUCACGGUUACUCUGUCAGUUUUUCCCGCGGUUACGGUGGAUGUGAAAACGGUGUAUGGAGGGAAAUGGGAACGAUACUUCAUUCCUGUUGUUUGUUUUCUCUUCUUUAAUUUGAUGGACUUUAUUGGCAGAACUGUCACGUUAGUGUCUAAGUGGCCCUCUAAAGACAGCCGUUUGUUCCCGCUGCUGGUGGUUUGUCGCGUGGUCUUCGUCCCGCUGCUCAUGAUGUGUAACGUGCAGGAGAGAAACAUCAUGCCUGUGCUCUUCUCAGACGACUUCAUGUUUGCUGCUAUCAUGGUGUUUUUCUCCGUGUCCAGCGGAUACUUCGUGUGUCUGUCCAUGACCUACGCGCCACAGCUCGUGGAGCCUAAAGAUGGCGAGACGGCCGGCGUGUUGAUGGCGUUUUUUCUGGCUCUGGGUUUGUCGUUGGGAGCAGCGUUGUCGUUCCCUCUGCGUUUUCUGGUCUGAUGCUCGCGAUCUCUCACUCCUGAAUGCUCGGCUCUCAGGCGUCUGCAGUAGGGCUGUGAUAAUAAAUCAAUAACAGCAGAUGCUGCACUAAUCAUCUCUUGAUUGGCGAUGCAUCAGUAUAUUUUCCCAGCCCUAGUCUGCAGUGAUACUCGUGUCAGUCUAUCGUCUCUAAUUCAAGGGCAUUGCAUUGUUUAUUCGGCAGCUUGAAAACAUGUACAGAAUCGUCACGCUGUACUGAAGGGAGAAAUGAAUCAAACACACACUACACUCAUUUAAAGGGACAGAGACAUUUUUCUGUUAUAACUCCAGUGAUAACAGCAGUUCUCAUCCACUCCAUUGUUACAACUAGGGCUGUAUGAUAUAUCAAAUAUUCAUGCUAUUUAUUUUGUUGACCACAUUGUGGAGUUGAGUUUAUUUCUGUAAAUCGGUUCUGAAUGUCAGUUUUAUUAAACAUCGUAAACCUGUGGUUGGUUGCACAAAGUGCUCUAGUUGGUCAUCUAGUUUUUUUAUUUUUAUUUAUGUAUUUUUUUGAAAGGCUGGUUGAAAGUCUUGCAUUAAAAAAAAAAAAGAAAUUGAUUGGUCUAAUUUAAUCCAAAAAGAUAAGGCUCUUAAUAAAAAUAAAUAUAUAUAAUAGUAUAUACAGUAGUAUUAAAACAUGCCUUAUUUCUGUGUUAAUUUUCUAGAGAAGCUUUGUGAAAAAACAUUCAAAUGCGAUCCAUUUUUAUGUUAUUGCCCAGCCCUAGUCACUAGUAUUAUUGUUAUCGAAAUGAGAUCAUCUUCAGACGGUGGAUGAAACACAACUGUUGUUACCAUGAACAAUGGAUUAUGGGAAUUCUGAAUGCUGUUUAAGGGGAAACAAUUGCAUUCAGGGGAUUUGUAAGUUUUGAAAGGGACAUUAUUAUUUACAUUUCUUGUAAUAAUGGAGUGUUUAUUACAGAGAUGUUUACAUUUUCUAUAUAUACUGUUGAUCGGGGUCCAAAAGUCUGAGAUCUCAUUAAAACCUGCAAAUUCAGGUGUGGGAUUUUGAGAAACAUUUAUUGCAUAAAAUACAUCAUCUCUGAUUCUGCACUAUUUCUGGGUCAGUAAUCGCAUAAGCAAAAAAAUGUACUACUCCUUUGUACAAAAGGUCAAAAUUUUCAUGCAUAAAAGCACACAACAUGCUCUUUGGCCAAGUCAUGCUGGGAAAACAUGGAUCAUCAGGUUUUACGUUUCCUCAGCUUUUCAAAUUAUGCUGAUAAUGGGAAAAAAAGAAAUGUAUUAUAAUGCUAAAUAGUGCAUUUACACUAGUCAUCACAGAUGUAUGGACUUUGUGCUCUAAUGCAUGUAACAUGUUCAAACACACAGACAGGUAUCGAAGACACACUGAAAAAUUAAUGUAUUAUUUUUAGGGUCCCGCAGGCGAGACAUGGCGUAAACACUCCAGAUUGUUCUUUGUUUUUGUCAACAGUAAAUUUAAUUUGGACUCUUAGACCAGUUUUUAAACCGAGCUCCAGAGAAAAUGUCAAAAAAAUAUUUACCCAAUUUGACAUUAUUUCCAAUUUGUUGUGUUUCGUAAAAACACUGGUUGGAAAUGAAAGGAAUCAUGAUGAUUUAAUUGUGUUGAAGGAAUGAACUAAUAGCAGCAAGAAGUUGCCUUAAACUGACCUGACCUUUCUUUUCACUCAUGCAUAUGGAAUAUGAAGCUUCAUAAAA